UUUGACGUGUAGAGGGCGCUUGUGUUUUAGUAAGAAAAAUUCUUCCACAUGAAAGUUAAAUUUUUUUCUUCAUCUUUAAGAAAUUUGUUUUUUAUCGCUUAAAAUAAUGAAUUUUUAUUAAGAAAUAAGUGUUAUUUUUAAGAAAUUUUUAUAUAUUGUAAAACAGCCAUGUCUCAGCCUUUUAUUUUAAUAAUAGAACCAUUCUAUGGUGGCAGCCAUAAACAAUUAAUUGAUACUUUAAUAGAGUGUUUAAAUGUAAGUGAUUAUGAAAUUUAUAGUUUGCCCGCCAAGAAAUGGCAUUGGCGUGCCCGUACCGGAGCUUUGUAUUUCUCGCAAAUGAUACCACAAAAUCAUCAGUACAAAGUUUUGUUUACCUCAUCGGUAUUAAAUUUGGCCGAACUUUUAGGUUGCCGGCCGGAUUUGAAUGUGUGCAAAAAAAUUGUGUAUUUUCAUGAAAAUCAAUUGGUCUACCCCGUUAGAGAGGUAAAGGAAAGAGAUUGCCAAUAUGGUCUAAAUCAAAUACUCACAUGUCUGGCUGCCGACAAUGUCAUUUUCAACUCCAACUUCAAUCGUACUUCCUUUUUGGAUAAUAUCACUCCCUUCCUUAAUAUACAGCCCGAUUUGAAACUCAAGCAUUUACGCGAAAAACUCGAAACCAAAUGUGAAGUUUUAUAUUUUCCCAUUAAAUUUCAUGCCUUCCCCAAUAAGCGCCUUAUGUUGGAUGGCGAUAUACAAAUGACCUCGCUAACCACCGGCAAUACCAACGAUUGUUUACAUUUGAUAUGGCCUCAUCGUUGGGAACACGAUAAAAAUCCCAAACUUUUAGUGGAAGUAUUAUUGGAGUUGAAUAAGCGUCAAGUGGAUUUUAAAGUGACGAUUUGUGGUGAAACCUAUCAAACUUCACCGGAAGCUUUUGAGGGUCUGCAGGAUAAAUUGGGUUCGAAAUUGGUGAAUUUUGGUUUUUUGUCUCGAGAGAAAUAUGUUAAAGCACUGCUGGACGGUGAUGUGGUUAUAUCGACGGCUGGACAUGAAUUCUAUGGUGUGGCCAUGCUCGAAGCAACAUAUUGCGGUUGCAUGCCCAUUGCACCCAAUAAACUCGUCUAUCCCGAAUUGUAUCCCAAAGAAAAUCUCUAUAAUACUUCCAAUCAAUUGAUAAAAAUGUUAUACAAUUGGUGUCGUAAUCCGGUAAUGUUUCGUAAACAACGUGAGAAAUUUUUUGAAUAUUUUACAUUCGAUCGUUAUUCAGCCCAGCAUUUAGUACCAAAAUAUUUGGAAAAAUUAAGAAUUUAAUAUACACAACUAAAGGAAAAUAAGACCAGCCCAAAUUUUAACAAAAUGCCAUAGUGCAAUAAUUCGAAUUUAGAACAUAAUAAUAUUAAAGACUACUGUUAAGCAUACAAAAACAAAAUACUUGAUAAAAAAAAUAUUACAAAACCAACAUAGAAAAACUGGAACUGGUUUUAGAAAUGAUCUUCUUUAAAUUUGGGUGGUGCACUGUAGGGCUCCUUAACAUGAGCCCGAUAUUCCUCAUCAUCAUCAUGACAUUCACGAUAACAUUGAGCACAAAAUAAUUCACCAUCACAUCCUUUACAACGAAAAACGGCAUCUUCAUUACAUAUAUUACACCAGGGUAAUUCUUCGGUAUCAACACCUGUUGGCGGUGGCGGUAUACCAGCUGCUAGUUCAGUUUCUAAAUUGUUGGGAGCUUCAGGUAAGCGAGCUUCAGCUAAAUACUAGAAAAUAAAAUUUUUGUUAUCAAUAAAUGUUGAGCAGUACACAGAAUUCUAUUUUGAUCGAAAGUGGAAUUAUUCUUGUGCAAUAAAACCAUUUUACACUAUGAAAGA